AUGGCGUCCGCCUCACAGCUCGACUUCGUGACCGUGGAUGUCUUCACCUCGCAGCCAUACGGCGGAAAUCCGCUGGCCAUUGUGCGCAUCCCGCCUGGCCGGACUUUGAGCCAGGAACAAAAGCAAACAAUCGCGCGAGAGUUCAACCUAUCGGAGACGACCUUCUUGCACGAACACGCGGAUCUGCCGCACCAAUGGACUGUCGACAUCUUCAUGACCUCGCGAGAACUGCCGUUCGCCGGACACCCUACCGUGGGCACGGCCUGCUAUGUCUUGGGAAGGACGGCUCGGGAGCGUGGCGUCAGCAGCGGUGUCAUGGAAGCGAGCUUCAACCUGAAAGCUGGGAGGGUCGGGCUGCGGUACGAUUGCGGCAAGAAGACGGCGAAGGCUUCGAUCCCUCAUGACGUUCAUAUCCAUAAUAAGAGGUACACCAAGGACGACUUGUUCGCUCUCCAGUCGCAAUUGGCUGAAGCCCAUCGGCAAGGCAAAGUUAAAGUCAAAGAUGAACAUGCCAUAGUCUCGAUAGUCAAAGGCAUGACAUUUGUUCUGGUCGAACUGGAAUCUGAAGAGGCACUGAGCAUGGUAUCGCUAGCUGGCCAGUCUCUCUCCGUCGAGGGCCUGGAUCAGGGCUGGGACGAGACGUUUAUUGGGACAUAUUUCUUUGUUCGGGCGGGAACGAGCGACCAUGGCGUGACGAAGCUAAGGACGAGGAUGAUCGAGGGUCCGUUGGAAGAUCCAGCUACCGGUAGCGCCGCCAGCGAUUUGGCCGCAUAUCUGUCGCAGACAGCGGGAGAAGCAUCCAAGACGUUCAAGUACGAGAUCGUUCAGGGCGUAGAGAUGGGGAGACGAAGCGAGAUCUUCAUCGAGGUCGAGAUGAACGAGGACAAGAGUGUUGCGCAGCUUUUCUUGGAAGGCAGCACAGUACAGGUCAUGGAGGGGCGAUUGACUGUCUAA